AUGCAAAAGGUAGCUCGAGAGCCUAGCCGGGGCAGCAGUGUUAAAGCCAUAAAGGCGCAAGCUCUCCCAACAACAAACACUCUGACACAAGGAGAACACCACCCAGUCACCAGACCAACUCCCUUCUCCUGCCUCUCUCCCCUCCUAUACCGCUGCUUCCCUCCCGGGGAGGCCAAGAACACCCGGCCCACCAAACCCACCGCCGCCCGUGUCGCCAUGGCGCAACAACCUGGACGUGGACGGGACCCGGAGCUGUUCCCGGAGCUGUGGCGCGCCUGCGCGGGGCCGCUCGUGGAGGUGCCGCAGCGGGACGAGAGGGUCUUCUACUUCCUCCAGGGACAUCUAGAGCAGCUGCAAGAGCCGACGGACCCCGCGCUGCUGGCGGAGCAGAUCAAGAUGUUCCAGGUGCCCUACAAGAUCCUCUGCAAGGUCGUCAACGUCGAGCUCAAGGCUGAGACGGAUACGGACGAGGUGUUCGCGCAGAUCACCCUGCAGCCGGACCCUGACCAAGAGAAUCUGCCCACAUUACCCGACCCACCUCUGCCGGAGAUGCCGAGGCCUGUGGUGCACUCCUUCUGCAAGAUCCUGACGCCGUCUGACACCAGCACCCAUGGCGGCUUCUCCGUGCUCAGGCGCCACGCCAACGAGUGUCUCCCGCCGCUGGACAUGUCGAUGCCGACACCGACUCAAGAGCUCAUCUCAAAGGACCUUCAUGGAUCUGAGUGGAGGUUUAAGCACAUCUACAGAGGCCAACCCCGUAGGCACCUUCUGACUACUGGAUGGAGCACAUUUGUCACAUCAAAGAAGCUGGUCGCCGGCGAUGCGUUUGUAUACCUAAGGAGUGAUACUGGAGAGCAGCGUGUCGGAGUGAGGCGCCUCGUGCAGAAGCAGAGCACGAUGCCGGCAUCCGUUAUAUCAAGCCAAAGCAUGCAUCUUGGGGUACUUGCAAGCGCAUCGCAUGCUAUCAAGACUAACUCCAUCUUCUUGGUGUACUAUAGGCCAAGGUUAAGCCAAAGCCAGUACAUUGUCAGUGUGAACAAGUACCUUGAAGCUACUAAGGUUGGAUUUAGUGUGGGGAAGAGGUUUACGAUGAACUUCGAAGGUGAAGAUGUCCCUGUGAAGAAGUUUUCUGGGACUAUAAUUGAUAAUGGGGAUCUUUCUCCACAAUGGUCAGGUUCCGAAUGGAAGUCACUAGAGGUCCAAUGGGAUGAAACCACAAACUGCAAUGGCCCUGAGAGAGUUUCUCCUUGGGAAAUUGAACCAUCUGAUGUCUCUGCACCUACCAUCAAUGUACCACUGCAAUCAUCUGCCAAAAACAAGAGGCCUAGGGAGACAACUGAAAAUUUGGAUCUUCCAUCACAGGAACCUGCUAGAGAGUUUUGGCUGUCUGGAAUGCCACAGCAGCAGCAUGAGAGAACAUUUGUUGGUUCCAGUGAUCCCAGUUGUAUCUCUGGACAUCAAGUUGUUUGGCCAGGCGCAGGUUAUGGUGCUAUGAGCAGCAGUUCUGUUUGCCAGAAUCCAUCAGCAUAUGACGGUUGGCUGAAGGAAUUCAACCCAUCAAGCAAAGGGCUCUCCCCUACAUUGUCAGAGAUUUCUCAUAAGCUGUUUCAGGUUACCAGCAAUGAAACCAGAGUUGCUCCUUGGCCAGCAAUUUCUGCUUUCCAGGCUGUGGAACCUGCUCCUAAGCUACCCUGCAACACUGUGUAUGGUCACCUAGCUGAAGAGGCUGCUACACCAAAUGUGCCCACAGUUACUGAAAAAAGCAAGGAACCUGGCGUGUUUCGUCUGUUUGGUGUGAAUUUGAUGAAACAUACCAAGGGCGCUGCUACUCCUGACAUUGCAAGUGCCGGCGCAGGGGAAACUUCAGCCAAAGUUGCUGGUUCUUAUGAAGAGUCCGGCCUGUCAGCAUUCUCAAAAGUACCUAAAGUUGUGAACGAGAGCCCGGAAAUCCAAAGCAGUCAUAGCUACAUUGCAAGAAAUCGUGUGAAGGUUCAAAUGCAUGGGAAUGCUUUGGGUAGAGCUGUGGAUCUAGCAAAUCUGAAUGGUUAUGAGAAACUGACUCGUGAGCUGGAACAGAUGUUCGACAUAAAGGACCUGAAACAGAACUUCAAAGUGGCUUUCACCGACGAUGAAGGCGACACUAUGGAAGUCGGAGAUGAUCCUUGGAUAGAGUUCUGCCAAAUGGUCAAAAAGAUAGUGAUCUAUCCUAUUGGUGAUGAGAGGAUCCUCGAGCCUCGUCAGACGCCGACCUCUGCUGCUGCUGCUGCUGCUCCAGAACAGGAUCCCAAGACUGAACUUUAG